AUGGAGGACCCGGGCCUGUUAAGUGCAUUUCUAGACAACCUCAUGUCGAGAUUGUUCUCGCUAGCAGAGGAGAAACACAAGCUGUACAAGGGCUUUGAAGGAGAUCUGGCUUUUCUGAAGAGUGAGCUUAAAAUGAUCGCUAGUGCCAUUGAUGGGCAGCUCUUGGGGCAGGAUGAUCACAUACUGCGUUUGUCCAUUGAAGAGUUGCGACAAUUAGCUCAUGAAAUGGAGGACUGUAUAGACCACAUCGUGUAUGAUGCAUCUUGGGAACAGCAACAACCAUGGUACUGUAAAAUGGUCAAAACUGGGAAGAAGAGAAAAUCACGUUCACAGUUAGGCGAAGAGAUGCAGCAACUAAGGUGCAGAUUGGAGGAAGCACUCCAACGGCAACAGAGGUAUUCAGUGUCCCGUCCAUCCACAUUCCAGCCAGCAGAAUCAUCCUUGAAUCAGCAUAUCCUUCCGGCUGAUUUGGUUGGCAUCAAACCACCCCUUGAGGAGCUUCUGGGGCAGUUGGCAGAAUUUGAAGGUCAACCCAAGCAGUUGAAAGUGAUCUCAAUAGUUGGCUUCUGCGGAUUGGGGAAGACCAUCCUUGCCAGGGAGUUGUACAACAGCAUGGUCGGCAAGCAAUUUGACGAAAGGGCAUGGGUUUCUGCAGUGCAUGGGGAUCCAAGCAAGCUCUUAAUAGAGAUACUCAAGGAACUGCAUAAACCACCACCGGAUACCUCCAAUGUCUACCAGCUUAGUACUGAUCUAAGGAACUUCCUAAAUAACAAGAGGUAUUUCAUUGUAAUUGAUGACAUGCGGUCAGAUCAAUGGAGUACUAUAAAGUCUGCCUUUCCUCGAGAUGGUAGCAGCAGAAUAUUGGUGACAACGAAAAUCAAGUCAGUGGCUAAUACUUGCAGCUCUACCAACGGCUAUAUUCACAAAAUGAGAAGACUUGACGAGAAACAUUCAAAGCAGUUAUUCCUGAAGGAAGCUUGUCCGGUGGAAUAUUCAGAGUACAUGGGGCCUGAUCUGGCAGCAAUUUUGAAGAAAUGUGAUGGUCAACCACUCGCUCUGACUACCAUUGGCCAAUUCAUGGGAAAAAAGAGUUGGCCAACAGGACAUGACUGUGAAGAUGUGUGCAACCAGGUAUGGUUUUACCAUCUGCAGAGUGGUGACGAUACUUUGGACAGAAUGCAUCAGGUGCUGAUCCAUGACUACACCAGUCUGCCUAGCCAUGCUCUCAAAGCUUGCUUUCUGUAUUUUGCUAUGUUUCCAAGUGAUCAUCCAGUAAGGGCGAAAAGGCUAAAGAGGCAAUGGUUAGCUGAGGGAUUUGUGCGGCCAACAAAUUUAUGCACUGACCUUGUAGCUGAAAAUUUCGAGAAGCUCUUGGACCAGAACAUCAUCGAACCCAUUGAUGUGAGCAACAACACAAUUGUGAAAACAUGCAAAACUUAUGGCAUGAUGCAUGAGUACAUUACGCUCAAGUCUCUCUAUGAAAACUUCGUCACUUUGUUCGAUGGAGGGGGGCUCCAACCUAAAAAUGCCCGUCGUGUUUCUCUCCGUCACAACACUAUUACAGAUGGUGCCACUUUGAACAUUGAUCUCUCUCUUGUCAGAUCUCUGAUAGUAUUUGGGGAGGCAGGUAAAACUAUGUUGAAUUUCAACAAGUACCAACUGCUAAGGGUCUUGGACCUUGAAGACUGUACAGACUUGCAAAAUGAUCAUCUCACAGAAAUAUGCAACCUAUUGCUUCUUAAAUAUCUGAGCCUAGGAGGAAAUGUUACCAUCCUUCCCAAAGAGAUAAAACAACUGAAACUUUUGGAGACACUCAACCUAAGGAGAACGAAUGUAAAGAUACUUCCAACUGAAGUUAUUCAGCUGCCCCAUAUAAUUCAUCUCUUUGGAAAAUUCAAGCUUCCAGAUAAAGCCAUAAAUGAUGAACUGCAGAAAUUUCUUACUUCAGCAAAAUGUAAAGUGCAGACACUGGCAGGAUUUCUUGUAGAUGAAAGUGACGGAUUUGCAGAACUUAUGGGUCAUAUGAAAAAAUUGUGGAAGGUAAAGAUCUGGUGUGAGUCAUCUGCAACUAGUAGUAAAUUGACCACUCUUCAGAAGGCCAUACAGGAGUUCAUUCAUGACGACAAGGAUGCAAGCAAUGAUCCUCGUUCUUUGUCACUCCAUUUGGACGGAUGCUCUGAAGACUUUCUGAAAGAAUUGAAAGCUCCCUGCUAUCUCAGGUCGCUGAAAUUACAGGGCAGGUUACUGGAACUCCCUGGGUUUGUCACGGCACUGCGCCGACUCAGGGAGUUAUGCCUUCAGUCAACUAAACUUACAGCAGAUCUUCUCUCAGCUUUGACAAAUUUGAAGCAUCUGCAGUACCUGAAGCUGAUUGCUGAUGAACUUGAAGAAAUCACCAUUAAGAACAAGGCAUUGCCAAGGCUGCUCUGCCUAUGUUUUGUGCUGCAGCGUCCAACGUUCCCAAAGAUCGAAGAAGGCGCCUUGCCAUUUCUUGAAUCUCUUCAGCUGCUUUGUAAAGAUAUGGAUGGCCUCUAUGGAAUCCAGAUUAAAGGUUUCACACGACUGAGGGAAGUAACACUCGAUAUAAGAGUCACCAAUGGUACUAAAGUGAACUUGGUGAGGGCAGCUAAGGAACAUCCGAACAAACCAAAAGUUCUUCUGCUCAAAAGACCUGUAACACCUGAAGUUUAUCUUGGAGGAGCUUCUGCUUCAUUUGGGACAACUGAGAAUGAAAUUGUAAAUUGCUCUGUUCUGUCAGAGGAACUAGUACAGGAGACUGACACCCAAAUGCCACAUGAUGAGCCGAGGGAACAAGUACAGGAGACUGACACCCAAAUGCCACAUGACGAACCAAGGGAACGAGUACAGGAGACUGACACCCAAAUGCCACAUGAUGAACCGAGGGAACAAGUACAGGAGACUGACACCCAAAUGCCACAUGAUGAACUGAGGGAACAAGUACAGGAGACUGACACCCAAAUGCCACAUGACGAACCGAGGAAACGAGUACAGGAGACUGACACCCAAAUGCCACAUGAUGAACUGAGGGAACAAGUACAGGAGACUGACACCCAAAUGCCACAUGACGAACCGAGGGAACGAGUACAGGAGACUGACACCCAAAUGCCACAUGACGAACCGAAUUCUGUUUUCAGUAAUAAAGGACAUCUGGUGGUUUGUGCCGCUGGUUCGUCCAUUGCUGGCAAUGGCACAAUGGCUUCUUAA